AUGGCGCGCGAGCCGCGCAGGUGGCCGCGUAGGCGGUGGCGCGCGAGCCGCCCCCAGAACUUUGUCGUCGCGACCAAGGCCACGGGUGCCGGGACCUCGCUGGCGCGCACGGGGAGCUGCUUCGCUGCGCUCGUCUCUUUGCCCGCGCGGCCUGCCACUUCCUCCGCGGUGACGGCGAGGCUUCGGACGCUCCGGACCCAAUGUUGCUUCUAUGCGGCUACCGGAGCGCCAUCGUGGCUUCUCCUUCCACUGUCGCUUGACCGAAAGCGGGGCAGGGCCGGAGGAGGAGGAGGAGGAGGAGUCUCGCCGCGCGACCGCAGCCCUAACCUGGGCCCUGUGGCCGGGGAGCCCGAGCAGCCCGGUACGCCGAGCCGCGGCGUCAAGGACGACAUCUCCGAGCUCACUGAAACGCUCACCCGCCGCCUCUGGGGCGUCGCGUCCUUCCUCGCACCGCCCCCGAGCCCGCCGGAGGCCUCCACCCCGCGCGCCGCGACUCCGGCACAAGGUGAAGAGGAGGGGGUUGAGGAUGGGGAGGAGGCCGCGGUGCUGUCCCCCCGGAUUGCGGGGAUCCGCAGCGAUCUGGCCGAGAUAGGCGGAAGGGUGCGGAGCGGCAUCUCGAUGCUGCAGAACAACUUGGCCGUGGCCGAGAUCUCCAAGAUCGCCUCGUCACUCCUGCCGUUCGGGCAAGGGGAGGCGGACGAGGGGGAGCCCGUGCCGGGCGUCACCGAGGAGGUGGUGGUGUUCGUCAGGCACAUCUCCACGCGGCCCGAGACAUGGCUCGAUUUCCCCCUCUUCAUCAGCGAGCGCUACGCAGAUGAUUUUGAACUGUCAGAUGCUCAAUACGUGCAUGCGCUGUCAAUAGAGCACCUUGUGCCAGGCUUAUCAGAUUUAAAGGUUCAGAUUUGCUCUACUGAUAUGACUGAAGCAUGUUUCUGGAAGAUCUACUUUGUGCUUUUGCACUCGAAACUCAACAAGCAAGAUGCUGAACUUCUUUCAACGCCACAGAUCCUAGAAGCAAGGGAGCAGUUGUUGCAAAGUUUACAGUCUCAGAAUAAGCGGGGAUCCAAGGUUCCUGGUGAAUCAUCAGAAAGUUCGAAUGCAUCCUCUGCUCCUCCUGAAGAGAAGGUGAUUCAACCUUCAAUCAUCCGAGAUAAAGCUGACACUCCAGAGAAAUCAUCGUUUGAAGAACCUUCUUCUGAUAUCACGCCCGAAAUCGUGUCCGAAAAAUUCCCAAUUUCAACCACUGAAGUGGAAAUGGUUGACAAGUCAGUGGUUGAGGAAGAGUUGGCAGUGACAAAGGAGAGCAAGACUUCACCCGUCGAGUCCAAGCUUCGCUUUGAGACUGACGAAGAGGAAGUCGACGAAUGGCCUGACGAUGAUCCUACCGACGAGGUUGUCCAGGCAGGCAACAGAGCUUCACUAGGACAGGAGGAGGACGUAUCAUUCAGUGAUCUGGAGGACGACGAGGACGAUGAUGAUAGGAAUAGAAGGGACGGGCAAUAG